UUUAUCAAGCAAAUGGAUGAAGUGAUCAUGAUGUGACGAAAGAGUUUAACCUCACAUAAUGGAUGGUUUGUAUGAUGAUGAUGGAGAACAUAGAAUCAGAGUCCUGUUCAAUGAUCCUGUACACAAAGAAGAAAUUGUCGGCAAUAAGAACACCAUAACAGCAAUUGAAGAAACAAAGGUUCGAACAAAUGGGGCUGUUAUUAUAAUUAUUUCUAUGAUUGGCAUAAUACCUCCUGAGAAACAGAGAAUUACACCUUGUGCUGUCAAAGAGACUUGGGUUGAUCCGACACAGCUAGACUUGACAAAAGCGAAGACCAGAAUCAAAGAGAACCUUAAACGGCAGUUCACAUCAAUCCUUCCCCAGGCUCAGAAAAAGAUAAGCCGUUAUAAUGACCGCGACAGAGGACCAAUUAGAGUAGAGAUGGACUGUGCUCCAAACAAGGUUUACAGUGCUUGUGAUCAAGUCCGGAAGCAUGUUGGAAAAGGAUACAGAGUGAUAUUCUAUUACAAUGGUCACGGAGCGAUGUCCUGCAGCCAUCCUUCCUCAGAAAAUGGAAAAUGUAUCUGGGUUGUCAAUGGUACAAUAAUGCACUACACAGUUGUUCCGCUUGCUACCCUCAUGGAAAAGCUUGAAGCUCCCGCGCUCUACAUUUGGGACUGUGAUAAUGCUGGUCUGAUAGUCCAGAGAUUUAACGAGUUAGCUCGUGAAAAGAAGGAAGCCUGGAAGAGCAGUUGUAGAGAUGCUCCCGAACCUCGGUUUGAGGAAGAAUGUCUGCAUCUAGCUGCUUGUAACAAAAACCAGAUGCUGCCCCAAAACCCGGAAAUACCAGCCGACCUCUACACGUCCUGCCUCACCUCCACCGUGAAGACAGCCCUACACUACUGGUUCCACCAACAGAAGAUAACAAACAUUCAUAUCAUAGACUGUAUCGAGUAUCUGGAUAAUAUCCCUGGAAAGUACAGUGCUAGAAGUACAAUGGCCGGAGAGUUAGAUUGGGUGCUGACUGCAGUGCUGGACACGCUAGCCUGGCAGAUAGAGCCUGACUACGCCAGGUUUAAGGAGCUCUUCAGGAACUGUAAACCUGUGGGUCUGCUCUUCAGGGGUCACAUCCUGGCUGACAGGGUAAUGAGGGCUUACAAUGUUACUCCAGUUACUCACCCUCACCUGCCUUCUCUUGCUGGACACCCCCUGUGGAGAUCAUGGGAUCUAGCUCUGGACAGUAUCAUGACAGAAUUAUCUCUGAGGAAGAUUAGACCGACCCGGCCAGCGCUACACGGUCAGAUCAGUACCUUUUUCUUCGAUCAGCUAACUGAGUUUAAAGUGAACCUUACUCAGUACGGAAAGUACGAUAAAGUGGACUCCAGACAGCUACCAGUCCUACUGCAGAUGCUGAUGAGCGCACAAUACCGUGAAGAGACCCUAGAACUAGUGGGCAAGUUCCUGGACAGAGGUCCGUACGCAGUUCAGAAGUUCCUGGAUGUGGGCAUCCUACCUUACAUCAGACAGUUACUGACGACCCCCUCAAGGGAUUAUAAGUACAUAAUGGUCCUCAUCUGGGCUAAGAUCCUCGCCACAGACAGACGACACUCAACAGCUGACGUGGUGUUGAACCAGCCCGAGUGUAGACGCUUCUUUGUCAACAUGUUAAAUGAUCCUGAUAUGAGGUCACAGACCAGGGCUAUGUCGUGUUUCUGUCUUUCAAUACUCGCUAAAAACUCUCAGAAAAACCAGGAGAUACUGCUAGGUGAAAACUUGAUCAAAGAACUAGACGACUGCUUGAUAGACAUGUCGAGCCCGAACAAGUCGAGUAAGCUGCAGAACUGUGCGGUUCUGUGUCUGGCUAACUUGUGGGAUAGGAAUGAGAAAGCGCUGUGGGCUAGUGUCCGAGCUAACACUAUUGAUACUCAUAUUAUCAAACUGCUGGACCAUCCCCAUCCUGAGACGCGGACCUCGGCAGUGUACGCGCUAGGAACCUUCCUGAACACUCGCAGAAAAGAGAGCGAUCACGGAGAGAGUAUAGAACACAAGAUAGCUUGUAAUCUCCUCAAGUCCUGUGGGGAUGGAUCAUCUCUUGUUAGAAAGGAAGUUGUGGUAGCCCUCUCGAGAUAUGUCCAGCAGUACGAACAAAAGUUUCUGAGUGCCGCACUAACUUAUACAGACGAUUUGGCCGCUAAGGCGAUGCAACGUGUGUCUAUCUGCGAGGACGAGGAAUCUCUUAGCAAUUCUGUUAUAUCUUCCAGCUCGCCUUCAUUCGACUCUAGCAGGAGCAAGAAGUUAUCCAUGAAGAGCUCCUUGCUCUCACCUCAAAGCAGACUCACCUCCGGGAACAAAUUUGUGGAGACUUGGAAAUGUCUCAAAGGACUCGAAAGAGACCCCCACCAAGAAGUUCGUAACCUUUCAGCCAAAGUGGUCUUCUACAUCGAAAAGAAAAUCCCAAAAAUCAACAACAGCCGCAAAUCAUCAGAAACCGCCAUCGGAAGUGACUCGUCAUCUGAGUCUAGCAGCUCUGGAUAUGUUAUUAUUUUCAGAAGUGAUUCAUCUCCAGAGUCCAGGAGCUCGCCUGGAUCGAAUAUUUCUAAUUUAGGAGUCAUGGGUCCCACCAGCCCGAUCGUGUAUCAUUACAGCCAGUACAGCUCUAAAAGGACUAUCUUCGGCAAGGGCCCAAAGGAAGAUUACGAAGAAGAACGUCCACCAACACACCCUGAGGAGAGCCCUGCCCUCAUCGUAUCUACUGAGUUCUCCGACUGGUGUGAAGCCUCAUUUGCUAAACCGCUCCUGUCACGGGACCAGGAAUUAGACCCUAACUCUGAGCUUUUCGCGCUUAACCAGAUCAGAGAUAGGAAACAUGCUGAAAAGAAGAGAAAGGCCCGGGCGGAACUUGAGAAGAGAGGUCACGAAAGAAUAGAAGCUCAAAUUUUUGGUAUCAAACACAACUGCCGCCCCCACAGAGUUAACUUUCAUCCUUUCGACCCUUACAUUUAUGUUGUUGAUGAUACAUAUUGCAGUAUCUUGGAUUUUGGUUGCUCACGAACAGUUCACAAGUUUGAGUGCUGUGACCGGAGAGGGAAAGCAAGAGAUGCCAUUUUACUAAAUCCCCACAAAAAACCACUUCUUUGCGUUGUUAACAACGAAGCUGAGAUUUUCAUAUGGAGAUCAUUCGAGGAUCCCCAAACCUUUUCCCUUGCUAGCGCCUUCAAGGCGUUUGGCGAGGGGGUCGUUAAAAAAAUACCAAUGAUCCUAACAUACGGCGAGUUCACCUCCAACCUGUUCGUAACUGGACAAGUUAAGAGGAUAGUACGGUGGAACGUCUUCAAGGAAACCAGAUACCCAGAUAUUCAGACUAUGACAGAGAUGCCUCUUACCUCCAUGACUGUGUUCGACAGAACUACACCCGACGCCAGUGAUCAGCAAGAAAACCUGUUAUUAGCCGGUUUUUAUGACGGAGUUUGUAAGCUUUUUGACCUCCGGAUCCCCACACACAGCCAAAUUGUUCAGCGUUUCGGUGAGACAGUAAGGAGCAAGUCUACAGCAGUAGUGAACGUGCACAUAAAACCUAACAACGACAAUAAGAUCAUCUAUACAGCACACAGCUCAGGAGACAUGUGCUUCUGGGACCUCCGCAAAUCAAAAUGUGCUGCAGGUAUAGACCGUUAUCAGCCGUUAGCUCACGAAGCUCCUAAGACGCUGAGCGUGGUCAGCAACAACCUUAAAACUGUGGCCUUUCACAACUACGCCCCCGUAAUGGCUUGUGGCUCUCAUGAUCAGGGAAUCAGGAUAUGGAAUAUAUGGGGCGACAAACUAAACGACAUCAAGUUCCACGAAGGGUUCAUGGGUCAAAAAGUCGGGCCCAGCAUCUCUCUAGCUUUCCACCCGUUCGAUUACAAGCUUGUCUCAGCAGGUCUGGACAACUGUGUAACCGUGUACGGGAAAUCAACCCAACCUCAGAGUCUGCGGUAUUAAGGGUCGGUGUCUACUAAUUUGUGUCACUGGUUUUCAUACUGUAUAAUUGAGAAUGUUUUAUGAAUGAUGCGAGCUGUUGAGAGAAUUAUUUUAAUUUUUAAUUGUGGUGAACUGAUUAAGUUGAUUAGAUAAUUGAGUUAAAUGAUUGUUGCUGUAUGACAAGAUAGCAGGGGAACAAAACUCUCAUAAGAAUUUGUAUUAUUUUUCAAAUAAUUUAUUAUUUUGUAAACUUCUAGAUGAGAUUACUUAAGUUGUUCCUUUAUAAUGUAAUUUGUUAACGGGUCUUUAAAAAUUAUACGGGACAAUUUAUGUUGAGCAAUUGGUGCUUACGUGUUUUUAAUAGAUUUUAUUUCAACCAUGUUAAACUUUCCACUUAGUGUUUGGGUUAAGUACUGCCAGGUUUUGGCAAAUACCCAUGUGAAUGAAUGUUCAGUGCAUAAUAUUACUUUUUAAGGUUUACAAGCGUAGAAUCUGACCCCAAUUAUUAGCGCCUUUUUUAUAGCCUACUCGGACCUCUAAUUCUUUUUAUUACGGUUUGUGGCUAAAUCUGAACAA